UAGUGCUAAACGAACACCCCGUUAUACACGAUGAGCGGUAAAAAGGGACUCGAGUUGUUGCGCAGCAUCGCUACUGUGAUGACCAAAACCAACGGCUAUGAUAGAUGUUUACAGCAGCUCGUAAUGGUCAGUGGCGGCGAUGGACGAUGCACGGCCGAGUUUAAGGUACAGGAGGAACACUUGAACCGCGCGGGUGGUUUGCACGGAGGAUACACGGCCACGAUCGUCGACGUGGUCACUACGUACGCGCUGAUGACGAAGGAAAAUGCAACACCUGGCGUUUCGGUGGACAUACACGUGAGCUAUCUGAAAGGUGCCCGACAGGGUGAUGAAGUCAUCAUUGAUGCGAACACAGUUCGUGCAGGUAGAAAUUUAGCAUUCCUCGAAUGCGAACUACGCCACAAGAAGGACAAUUCAAUCAUUGCCAAAGCAUCACAUACCAAAUAUAUAGGAAGUAGUUAAAUGGUAUUACACCAAAAAAACAACAGAAUCCAACAUAAGGGUAGUAUGGUAGAAACACGAAAUGGGUGUUAGGUGAUAUGGUUUAGGUUCUUUUUUUGUUUGUUAUCUGUUUGGUUUGAACUGCUGUUCUUGUGUACGCUUUUAGUAGAUACAAUAAAACGCAAACAAACUGUACAA